AUGGAUAAGGGUUCUUCAUCAUCAUCCACAGCUUUUAAUAACAAUGGUGGGACUGGGCUCGACUCCCUCAACGGCUUGAAAUUCGGCAAGAAAAUCUAUUUUGAGGGCCGUAUGGGCUCCGGGUUGAAGCCCAAAUCCAGGGACGGCACGGCGGCGGCGGCGGAGGCGCUGCCGUCGCCUCCGGCGACGAAGAGGUUGAGGGGUGGAUUUGUUCAGGGUGGCCAGCCGCCGAGGUGCCAGGUGGAGGGCUGUAAAGUAGAUCUGAGUGAUGUUAAGGCUUACUAUUCAAGACACAAAGUCUGUGGUAUGCAUUCAAAGACUGCGAAGGUAAUUGUUGCUGGGCUUGAACAGAGGUUUUGCCAGCAGUGCAGCAGAUUCCAUCUGCUGCCCGAAUUUGAUGAAGGAAAACGAAGCUGUCGAAGGCGCCUUGCUGGCCACAACGAGCAUAAUAAUAACAUUAGCAAAACCAGAGGCUUCAUGAUGGAUUUCGGCAGUUACACACAGCCAUCCAUCACGAGCAGAAGCUCAUUCCUGAGCUCGACACCUGCACGGGAAGGAUUAACAAAUCGAGCUGCCGCCAUGUCAGCAAAACUCGAGCUCCCAAUGCCAAACAACCCACAAAACUCCCAACGGCCCGACUUUGUUACAAGCAGGCCAAGUUACUCCUCUCCUGUCGUGUCCGAAUGUUACGGUGGAGCUGCAGACUCCAACAGUGCUCUCUCUCUUCUGUCAAAUCAGGCCUGGUCUGGCCCAAAAGGCCAUCUUGGGCUGAACAGCAAUUUUCUCUGUCAGCUGUCCGAAAACCCCAGCCCGACUGCUGCUGGCCUGUUCAUCUGUCCCUCGUGGGGUUUUAAGGGCGACGAGGGUAAUGGGCCUAAUGGUGGCUUAAAUGGAAUGCCGCCUCAUUUGGGCUUGGGCCAGGCCCCAAAUGGUGGGUACAAUGGACUACUUGAGCUGGGCCAGCCGAACGAGGGGGGGUUUCAUGAACUGGAUCAGUCGAGAGGGUAUGGCUCAUCUGUCCAGCACGUGCAUUGGUCCCUCUGA